UCCAAAUUUCUGUCACCAAUUCAAAACAUCAAAAAUAAGAUAAACCCUAGCUAUAUUUUUUGCAACCAUAUUUCCUGCAAAAUGUCGUACGGAAACUACUAUAAUUACAUGGAAGACAUGGCAUUUCUUGAUUCAAUCAGCAGAAAUUUGCUGGAUGAAUCUCAGAACCCUCUAAUGUUCUCCGGCGCCGACGACGGCGGCCUCCAUGACAUGCUAAUGUACGGCGCCGCCAACAUGGGAUGGUUGCCGCAGCCUUCCGCCGCUGCCGCCGCCGUUCCAGCAAUUGUUGUGAAGACCGAGCCUAUCCCGGAAGUAACGGCGCAGCAAACGGGGAGAGUGAGGGCGAGAGGGAGCCACUACAGAGGGGUGCGGCAACGGCCGUGGGGGAAAUUCGCGGCGGAGAUAAGAGAUCCAUCGAAGAAUGGGGCCCGCGUGUGGCUCGGGACGUACGAGACGGCCGAGGAUGCUGCGUUGGCGUAUGAUCAAGCGGCUUAUUCGAUGCGGGGAUCGAGGGCGCUGCUCAACUUCCCGCUGAGAAUUAACUCUGGGGAGCCGGCGCCGGUGAGGAUUAUGUCCAAGAGAUCGGCGGCAUCGCCUGAUCGGUCCUCGACAUCGUCUUCCGACACUGGAUCUUCAAGGAAGCGGAAGACGGCGGCGGGUGGUGGCGGUGUGAAAAAGGGGCGAGUUGAAACCGGUUUUACAAUAACGACGUGAAUGUUCUACUUAUUUUUUUCAUUUUUCUUUGUUGAGUUCUUUUCCUAUUUUUCCAAUUUGCAUCAAUGAAAUAAUUUAGUUGAAAAUGGACAAA